AUGACAUCGGUACGUCCAGAACGGCCCUCUCGCUAUACUGGUCGUGUAGUCACUUUGUGGUAUCGACCGCCGGAAAUCCUCCUAAAUGACCGUUAUUACGGUCGUCCAGUGGACAUGUGGGGCGCAGGGUGCAUCAUGGCUGAACUGUGGACGCGCUAUCCUAUCAUGCAGGGUGACAGCGAGAUUGCGCAGCUCAACCUGAUUAUUCAGUUGUGUGGUUCCAUUACUCCGGAAGUUUGGCCAAAUGUAAAAAACCUGGAAGCAUUUCAUCACGCUCAAUUGCCAAAAGAUGUGAAGCGUCACGUUCGUGAGAAACUCACUCCCCAAAUUGCUUGCCCAUCAGCAGUGGACUUGAUUGACAAACUGAUUGUUCUGGACCCAUUGAAGCGUCUGGACGCUGAUCAGGCUUUGUCCCAUGACUUUUUCCACGAGGAUCCACCCGCGGCUGAUUUAAGUGUGCUUUCUAAAGGGGGUAAUUCCUACCUGGAGUACUCGGGCCAGUUAAAUCGAGCCCGACAGGUGGCCGCGGCUGCAGCUCAGGCGGUCAAUUAUCGAGGUGUUCCACCAAACCCUGGCUUUGCACAUCGGCGUCUUCCUGGCCCAUUAGGUAUCCCCGUUCAACAGGGUGGUGUCUUGCCAGCCUAUCGAUAUCGUGCGCUUCCACCAGAUCAGGACAGUACCAAUAUUAGUGAUAGAAUCUACUGA